AUGGGUGACGUUCUAGCUUACGAAGCUGAGUUACUCGGACUAGUGAGAGAGUAUUUGGAUUUUGCUGAAUUUGAAGAAACAGUGAAAGUGUUUACAAAGGAAUGUAAAAUAAAAGGGAAGCCACUACCUAAACCAGCAGGUGUUUCCUCAAGAGAUUCAAAAGCUUUGCCUGUUCAGAAAGAUCUACUUACAGCAUUUGAAAAUGGUGAGCAGAAAGUUUUCUUCCAGCUCUGGGAGGAGCAUAUUUCGUCUUCAGUCCGGGACAAUGAUCUGGUUGCUCAGAAGCUGGAGUUCUAUCUUCAUAUCCACUUUGCCACCUACCUCUUAAAACACUCUAUGGGAAAGCCAGACAAAGCUGAACUUGAGGAGAGGAUUUCUUAUUUUAAGGCAUACCUGGAAACAAAAGGAGCUGCGCUGAGCCAGACUACAGAGUUUCUUCCCUUCUAUGCUUUGCCUUUUGUUCCAAACCCCAUGGUACAUCCUUCAUUUAAAGAACUUUUCCAGGAUUCUUGGACAUUGGAUUUAAGGACAAGAUUGGAAAAGUUCCUGUCUCUGACUCUCAAAGUCAGACAGACUCCUCGGCUUCUUACUUUAUUUAAGGAGAAUGGACAGUGCAACAAAGAAAUGUUGCAACAUCUUCAUCAACAGUUAGUGGAGUCUGAGCACAGGACCAUGACCUACCUGAAACUAUUUAACAAAAUGCAGGCGGACUACUGUAACCUCAUUGGAGUCACUGCAGAGCUGGUGGAUUCCUUGGAGGCCACAGUCAGUGGCAAGAUGAUCACACCAGAGUAUCUUCAAAGUGUUUGUGUUCGCUUGUUUAGCAAUCAGAUGAGACAAAGUGUAGCACAGAGUAUUGACUUCACAAGGCCUGGAACUGGAUAUUACUCUAUGAGCCCUUGUGAUGACGGAUAUGCUUCCACAAUGUUAAGAGCAUCUUUAGUCCCUGAGAAGAUGCAGGAUGUGCCAUUGUUGCCCUCUUUGGAUUAUGAAAAGCUGAAGAAAGAUUUGAUUACAGGGAAUGACCGUCUCAAGGCCUUCUUACUGCAGGCUCUGCGCUGGCGCUUGACAACAUCAUAUCCCGGAGAACAGAGAGACACUGUCUUGCAAGCCUACAUCAGUAAUGACCUCCUAGACUGCCACAGCAACUGUCAGAUAAGUGUCCUCAAAUUAUUACAUUCUAAGAGUGAUGUAGUGAGACAGUAUAUGGCAAGGCUCAUCAAUGCUUUUGCUUCACUGGCAGAAGGUCGUGUCUACCUUUCUCAGAACCCAACGUUGCUGCAAAUGCUGGAGGAGAGACUGAAAGCUGAAGACAAGGAUUCCCUUACAUGGGAGAAUGUGCUGGGGGCUCUGCAGAAAUUCAGCCUCAGGCGUGCACUCCAGUCGGCGAUGAUCAAAGAUGGGCUCAUUUUCUGGCUGGUUGAUGUUCUAGCAGAUACAGAUUGCCUGUCUGAUUACACGCUGGAGUAUUCUGUUGCCUUGCUCAUGAAUCUUUGUCUGCGGAGUGCAGGGAAGAAAAUGUGUGCAAGGAUGGCAAACCACGUGCUCAAAGUUCUCUCCGAUCUUCUCGGCCAUGAGAAUCAUGAGAUACAACCAUAUGUGAAUGGAGCACUGUAUAGCAUUCUUGCCAACCCUUCUGUCCGAGAAGAAGCCAGAGCAAUGGGAAUGGAAGAAAUUUUGCGCUGCUUUAUCAAGGAAGGAAAUGCAGAGAUGAUCCGACAGAUUGAAUUUAUUAUCAAGCAGCUCAAUUCAGAAGAGACAUUAAAUGAUAGUAUUGUGUCUGACGAUGAAGAGGAAGAGGAGGAUGAGGAAGAGGACCAUAACAUUAUGGAGGCCGAUCUAGACAAAGACGAGGUUUUGCAACCUCAACUGGGAGAGCUUGCAGGAGAGAAGCUGCUAACCACUGAGUACUUGGGAAUAUUGACUCAUACUCCAAAAUCCAAGAAGAAGCUGUUUCCUGGUGUUCAUCAGAGCAUAGAUGAGCCUCUCCAGAGACCUGUGACGCCAGGUUAUCACAGAACUAUGUACCUAAUGCCAGAAAACGAUACCAAUUCUUGUCAUGACAGGGAUGAGAAGCUGCAGUCUCCGCUGAGUGGUGAUCCUCCUAUUUGUGGAGGGAGCAGGUCCAGCAUUUCUGACAUCUGCAUUUCCCCUUCAUCAGUUGAAAUGAAGUCGUCUAAAGGAUUCUCACCAGGCCACAGAAUGGACCAAAGCAUCCCAGCUGGUGACAAUGUCUUGUCUUCUCAAUCUACUGACUUCACCCAGGAUAAAGUAAAUGGGCAAUCACAUAGCGAGUUUCCCUUCACCAGCAAACCUAAGAUCCCUCGCACUCCUGAAGUGCAGAGUGCCAGCCCUAGAAAGGGAAAGGUCCCAGCCAUUGCCCCCCAGUUCUCUGAGUCUGGACCCCAACAAACACGCCGUCCCAGCUCCUCAGGAUCACCCACAAGGAGCAGACAGAGCAGCCAGUCCUACAGGAAGUGA